UGCCUGCUGUGCCGGGACCUGGACGGGGGGCGUUCUCGGCGCGCGCCUGCUGAGCCGGGACCGGGAUCGGGAUCGGGAUCGGGACCGGGCCGCGGGCGGGGGCGUUCUCGGCGCGCGCCAUGCUGCAGGCGCUCGGGCUCGUGGCCACGCUCGGGGAGGGGGACGCGGCGCCAGAGGAGCCCGAGUCCGGGGACUCGGCGGCGGAGGAGGAGGCGGAGGUGAGGGGCGGCCGGGCCGGGCCCCCGGAGCCAGGCCGCUGUCUGGGCCUUGCCUCACCCCCUUCUCGCCCGCAGGGGCCGCGGGGCCGGGGGCAGCAGAGACGCCGCGGCGGGGACUUCAGCGCCGGCUUCGUCUUCGCGGAGAAGGAGGCUCCGGGCGCGGCGAGCGGGGCUUGGGCGGAGGCGCUGCGCCAGCUCAGGGGCAAGAGAGCAGCAGCAACAACACUGGAUGAGAAGAUUGAAAAAGUGAGAAAAAAAAGGAAAACGCAGGAAAGGGAAGCGAAACAUGUUAAGAUGAAAGGGGAAGAAACCAAAGAGAAGGAAAGUGAGGAAGACAGUGGAGAGGAGGAAGAGGAUGUAGAGUCCCAAUAUUCCUCAACUGAUGAGAGUAUCCUCACCAAAGCAGAUACCCUCAAGGUGAAGGAGCGAAAGAGACAGAAGAAAGUAGGAGAGAUUGAAACAGAGAGAUUUUUCGAAGAUGCAUCUCAGUACGAUGAUAACUUGUCAUUCCAGGACAUGAACCUCUCACGCCCUCUACUAAAGGCAAUCACAGCCCUGGGCUUCAAGCAGCCAACCCCAAUCCAGAAGGCCUGUAUCCCCGUGGGUCUGCUGGGAAAGGAUAUUUGUGCUUGUGCUGCCACUGGGACAGGUAAAACUGCUGCAUUCACCCUACCUGUACUGGAGCGCUUGAUCUACAAACCUCGCCAGGCUCCAGUGACUCGGGUGCUGGUUCUGGUGCCAACCCGAGAGUUAGGCAUUCAGGUGCACUCUGUCACCAAGCAGCUGGCCCAGUUCAGCAGCGUCACAACCUGCCUAGCUGUGGGGGGUUUGGAUGUGAAGACUCAGGAGGCAGCUUUGCGCUCUGGGCCAGACAUUCUCAUUGCCACUCCUGGGCGCCUGAUAGAUCAUCUCCAUAACUGCCCCUCCUUCCACCUGAGCAGCAUCGAGGUGCUGAUCUUGGAUGAGGCAGACAGGAUGUUGGAUGAGUAUUUUGAGGAACAGAUGAAGGAGAUAAUUCGGCUGUGCUCCCACCACCGUCAGACCAUGCUGUUCUCUGCCACCAUGACAGAUGAGGUAAAGGAUUUGGCUGCUGUUUCCCUGAAGAAUCCUGUCCGGAUUUUUGUGAAUAGCAACACGGACGUAGCCCCUUUCCUGCGGCAGGAAUUCAUCCGGGUCCGUCCCAACAGAGAAGGGGACAGAGAAGCUAUCGUGUCAGCUCUGCUGACACGGACCUUCACAGACCACGUGAUGCUUUUCACACAGACCAAGAAGCAGGCUCACCGCAUGCACAUCCUGCUGGGGCUGAUGGGUCUGCAGGUGGGGGAGCUGCAUGGGAACCUCUCUCAGACACAGCGGUUGGAGGCCCUCAGGCGCUUUAAAGAUGAGCAGAUUGAUGUACUGGUAGCUACGGACGUUGCGGCCCGAGGACUUGACAUUGAGGGUGUCAAAACGGUGAUCAACUUCACCAUGCCCAACACCACCAAGCACUAUGUGCACCGGGUGGGGCGGACAGCACGGGCCGGUCGGGCUGGCCGCUCAGUCUCACUGGUGGGCGAGGAGGAGCGCAAGAUGCUGAAGGAGAUUGUGAAGACAGCCAAGAUGCCAGUGAAGGCUAGAAUCCUCCCCCAGGAUGUGAUCCUGAAAUUCCGGGAUAAGAUUGGGAAGCUGGAGAAAGAUGUGUAUGCAGUGCUGCGUCUAGAGCGUGAAGAGCGUGAGAUGCAGCAAUCAGAGGCCCAGAUCAACAUGGCAAAGAAGCGACUGGAGACAGGAGAACAGAAGGUAGAAGAGGGGCCUGAGCGGAGCUGGUUCCAGAGCCGAGAGGAGAGAAAGAAAGAGAAAUUGGCUAAAGCCCUUCAGGAAUUUGACUUGGCGUUGAGAGGAAAGAAGAAGAGGAAGACAUUUAUGCAGGAUACUCAGAAAAAAGGCCAAAUGACACCAGAGGAGAGAUCACAAUUUGAAAUCCUGAAGUCACAGAUGUAUGCAGAGCGUGUAGCAAAGAGGAACCGCCGAGCAAAGCGAGCUCGAGUUGUGCCCGAGGAUGAGCCUCCCUCAGCAGGUCCCAAACGGAAGAAGCAAUCAUCUGUCUUCGAUGAGGAGCUCACCAACACAAGCAGGAAGGCCCUAAAACAGUAUCGUGCUGGCCCCUCCUUUGACGAGCAGAAGCGUUUGGGCUUAGCCCGACACAGGAAAGGAGGGAACUUCAAAUCCAAAUCCAGGUAUAAGAGGAAGUGACAGCAGCUCUUUGCCAGAAGGAUUCCCUGGAAAAUCUAACUGUGGGAGACUUUGUGCCUCUUCCAGAAAAACCCUGCUUUCCAUUCUGUAUUUGCUAGAAUAAUGUAGCCUCUUAAGUGGCCUGAACUUACAAUGUCUGUUAAAUUCUUGGACUCAGUGUAAAUGCACCAGCACCUGCUGAAUUAGCACAUAAAGGAAAACCAUGUCUUCUGCAGUUGCAGCGAAGGAUUGACUUCCUUAUACUUUUGUAACAUAGCCUGCUGCUCACUUAGCUGUGGCAAUUGAGAAAACUAGACCAUGGGAGAUAGUACAAAACUGCCAGGAUGGUUCUCACUUCUUUACGUCUUGAGCUGUACACCUACAUCAGUGAGCAAGGAGGCAAGCAUCGUACAAUAAGUUCCAGCAGUUUUCACAUAGUAACAUUACAGGAACAGAUGUAGUAAGCGGACAAAUAGUUACUUAACUCUAGUCAUCAACUUUCCUUGAAGAAGGGUGGCACCACUUGCUGAUACUGCCAGGAAGUUAGUGGGAGAGAAAAUAGAGGAGAAAGGGCUGUAUCUACAUCUAGCCCUUGGAAUCCUGCUCUAAAACAGAGAAGAGUUGAACAGUCACAAGGAGUAGCAGUUUCUCUAGACCAAAGGUCUACUAGAGGUAGCACAGGCAUGAGCACUGAGGGCAUAGCCUGCCUCUCCCUUUGUGAGAAGGAAGUAGCCCUAUGUUGUGCUAUGCUGCAGGAACAAAUAUGCCUAGAUUCAGACUAUAUUCACUCCAGCUAUUUUCUUCCUUGCUGUCCUAAUGCAAUGGCUGUAGAAGGCUGCAGAUGCUGGAAAAAAUACUCUAGCACUAGUCCCAAUACAUAUAAGCCACCACUCUGCCUGCUCCUACUGUAUGAGGUCUUACUCAGUGCAUUAGGUCUUGACAAGGGAGGGAGCCCCGUGAUAGAAGAAACAGUUGACCUUGGUCUGGCAAGCUUACUAAUACCCAGUUUAACAAAAGGACAGGUAGCAAUUCUACAGUGGAGAGUACAGAUGUGGGUCUCAAUCAAAAACGUGACCAGAAGCUACAAAUUAGGAUGAACAUGACUGGAUUAGAACAGCUUGCUGCAGCACAGUCCAGAAAAGGUGAAAUGUACUUAAACCAGGGGUGUCAAACUCAUUUGGGAGUGAAGGCCAAGUUCCAUUUUUAGUUGUCUAUGUUGAGAUGUAGACAGGGCCGUUUGUAGUGGCAUAAUGGGACAGAUGCCAAACUAUUGUUAUUUGCUGACUUCAUAAUUCAGCUGAGUCCCAGCUCCUGGAGUCUCCUACUUACAGCAAACACAGAGCUUGCUUUUAUGUUUAAAAACUGAGCCAUGUGUAACCAAACCAGUAAUAGCUUCCUGAGGCUGCAGACAUUUUGAAGAAAAGCUCUAAAAGGUGAAUACUAGAAUCCACUGUUCUAGGAGGCCUCUGGCAGGAGAAAGGACUGUAAGUGCAAAUUCUGGGGGACUCCCACCUAUUGGUUAACAUCAGAGGAGCCAUGCUGGGUCAGACUAGUGGUCCAUCCAGCCAAGUAUCCUGUCUUUCAACAAUGGCCAAUGCCAGGUACUUCAGAGGGAAUGAAAAGAACGGGGCAACUAUUGAGUGAUGCAUCCCCUGUUGUCUACUCCCAGUUUCUGGCAUUUAGAGGGUAAGGUCACCAGAGCAUAGGGUUGCAUCCCUAACCAUCCUGGCUAGUAGCUAUGCAGAGACCUAUCCUCCAUGAACUCAUCUAAUUCUUUUUUUAACCUAGUUAUACAUUUGGUCUUCCAAGGUUCCCUGGAAAUGAGUCCCACAGGUUGACUGUGUCUCGUGUGAAGAAGUACUUCCUUUUGUUCAUUUUAAACCUGCUACCUAUAAAUUUCAUUGGGCGA